AUGAAUGCUAUUUUAAGAAAUGUAAUCCAUUAAAAUGAUGUUUUUAUGUCAAAUUCUAUUUUCAUAUUAUAUUAGCUUAAAAAAGUUUUCAAACCAUAUAGUUAUGGGAUUUAAAUGCUUUAACAAAAUAAUUAUUAGAAUUGGAUGGUAAUUGUUCCUCAGUUAAAGAGCUCUGUAUUUCUUCAUAUGAUUUCUAAUUAGUUAUAGGACCUUAAAAAAAUUAGUAAGAUGGGAUUGAUAAAAUUAAAAACUUAAUAUGUUAAUUAAGGGGAAAAAGCUUCCAUCUACAUUUUGCUUCUGUUCCAAUAGUCAUUAUUUUAUCUAGCUGAAUUAUAAAUUCAUAAUGGAACUUUAAUACAAAAUAUAUAAUUGAAUUUAAAAAAUAUAUUGGUGUGAGUAUCAAUGGUAGCACAAUUUAGGUGUAAAUUAGAAUCUAAUUAUCUUCAGGAAUGGUAAACUUAAAAUAUUCAUAUUGAACCUCAAAUAAAUUAAAUAAAUAGAUUUUUAUGAUUUAAAGACUCAAACAAGAACAAUUAUCCUUUCAAAUACUUUACCCAUAAAAACUAAUCCAUUUUUGAUAAUUCAUGUUAAAAAUAGAUUAGAAUCAAUGGUUGGAAUAUCAGCAAGUUAAAUAUUAAGGUUUGAUAUUGCAAAAAUUUACUGA